AUGUCAUCGUCGGGAACCCACGGCAGUGAGGACGGAAAACGUUACCCUGCUCCACUCGCCCCUCAUGACGAUGUCGUCAAGGACUCCACUCUCUUCUGGGACACUCUCAGACGCUUUCAUUUCAUUAUGGGUACCAAAUUCAUGAUUCCUGUGAUUGGAGGGAAGGAGCUGGAUUUGCACGUUCUUUACGUGGAAGUUACGAGAAGAAGUGGAUACGAGAAGGUGAUUGCAGAGAAGAAGUGGAGGGAAGUUGGUAGUGUUUUUAAGUUCUCAACUACCACCACAAGUGCUUCUUUUGUAUUGAAGAAACAUUACUUCAGUCUUCUUUAUCAUUAUGAACAAGUUCACUUUUUUAAAGCUCGGGGUGCUGUCUACACUCCAUCAACUGAUGCAUUUUCCGGGAACAGUCCUUCAUGGAGACCUGAAUUAGCUAUAGUGGAAUAUUCGCCUAAGCCCUUAAGUAAUAGCCCGGAAUCCCGUGUUGAAGAUACAUCAUAUCUUUCAGGAAAUGGAACCAUCGAGGGAAAAUUUGACUGUGGUUAUUUAGUGUCCGUGAAACUGGGGACAGAGGUUCUUAGAGGGGUGCUUUACCAUCCAGAAAAAAUGGUUGCUCCUUCUUCGGUUCUGCACCAUCAGAAUGCCAUAGUGCCAUUCAAAAACAAAGCUCACCGUUCUGGUCGAAGGAGGAGAAACAAAAGAAGGUGGGACCCCAACUAUCCGAAGCCGAACAGGAGUGGCUAUAACUUCUUCUUUGCUGAAAAACAUUACUCUCUCAAGACUCUCUACCCAAACAGAGAAAGAGAGUUUACCAAAAUGAUUGGCCAGUCAUGGAACAGUCUUAGCCCAGAAGAAAGAAUGGUUUAUCAGAACAUCGGGUUAAGAGACAAAGAAAGGUACAAGAGAGAAUUGACGGAGUACAAAGAGAAGAUGAAGCUUAGGCAGAACCCAGAAGUUGGACUUCCAUAG